AUGAACAACGUACUGUCAACAGCGCCCUAUCCCAAGUACAGUACGCCAUACCUUAUCUGGUGGCCAGCGCAAGCUGAGGAAUCCACAUACCAUCACCUCGCGACAAUGCAGCCGGACAUGCUCUUACGAAUUGUCAGAGCUUGUAUCCAUUGUGGCUACAAGAGCCUUUACGACGAACUUUUGCCAAAGGUGACCCCAGACAAGGCACUACGCGAUGAAGCGCGAUCGCAAAAGGAUCCUCACUUUUCCAGCGCACUGCACAGCCGACUCACGCAAUUGGGCGUCGAAUCGCCAGAGCCGGACAGAUUUUGGAAGAAGACUAUCGACAUCGGGCCACCACGUAAUUCAUCCGAGAUCUUAAAGUACCUCAGCAUCAGUGAUGUUAGUACGAGCUUUGACGCACCCUACGAUGGAUACCAGUGUGAUGCUAGUAGCAUUGAGCUGAUGGCUUGUCUGCCGGAGGCAUGGAUGCUUGCCGCGGAUGCUAAGGAUACCGUCCUACAGCUGGACUACGUGACAAUACCUGGCGCAGCGAUGGAGAAGUCUCAGUCAUGUUAG